AUGGAUUUUGAUAAAAAAUGUAUCAAUUGUAACAUAUAUUUGCGUAAAGCAGUUGGUUAUAAAAAAGUUGUUAUGACAAUUGAUGAAGCUAAUAUUGCGACAGAAAAAAUUGGAAAGAGAGUUCUUGUUAAUGAUGCCUUUUGUAGUAAGUGUCGAGUUAUUUUAACAAGACCACCUAUACUUAAGAACACUCAGGAUUCAUCUGCAGAUCAAGUUAGUAUCAAAAGUCAGCCAAUUUUUUCUCAGUCUUCAUCCACUACUGUUUCAUCCGUAUCAUCAUCUGAAGAUCCUUCAUAUGUUAUUGAACAAAAAAUGGAAGAAGAGUUAGAAUUUGUGGAGUUGGGUUUUUCCCGAAUCAUAUUGACACAUAAAUACUGUUGCCUUUGUGGAUUAUCAGCAAAUAUCACAAUUGUUCCAUUUGAAGCAUGCAAACAAGUAUUUUCGACAAGACGACUCUUUAUUCCUGAAGGAAAUCGGUGUUGUAAAGAUCACAUUAUAAAAAAGCGGUUUUAUGAUGAAGAAAUUAACAAUUUUCGGAUUUAUUCGAAUACCAGUGUAUUUGAAGUUCGUGAUUUGGAAAAAUUACUUGGGCAGCUGGCUAUUGGCACUGAUUCGUCUAUAAUUGAUAAAAUUGGAGAUCACUCGUUUUCAGAAAAACAGUUGGAGGUAUUUACGAGCCUUACCUGGGAAAAAUUGAUAAAACUUCGUGAAAUGUUAACGUUGAUGAGAAAAUCAGUGAAUCGUAAUGUCAUUCAAGCUCUCGUUAUUUUUUUAUUCAAAUUACGAACAGGAAAUUCAAAUGCAGUGAUAUCUUCCAUUUUUGGUUUAGCUCGGGAACAAAUGGUAUCCGACUACUGUGAUGAAGUAAUAUCUUCAUUUGAAAAAGAUGUUUUACCUCAGUAUUUCGGAAUCGAUGCUAUUAGUAGGGAGACAUUACUCGCCAAUACCUCUAAUACUGCUAAAGUGCUGUAUCAAGUGAAAGAUGACCAGUUGAUAUUCAUUUGCGAUGGAACAUAUAUUCGUCAUCAAAAAAGUGCAAAUAACGAAUACCAGAGGAAAUCAUAUUCUGGUCAAAAGAAAGUUCCUCUGUGCAAACCAUUCACGAUAUGUACUACAAAUGGUUUCGUUAUAGAUAUGCUCAGGCCAUAUACAGCUAAUAUGAACGAUGCUGAGAUUAUGAGAAUCAUCUUAAGUGAUCCCAAUGGUCUGAUCAAGUUGCUGAAAAAAGGUGACAUUAUUGUAGUUGAUCGUGGCUUCCGGGAUGUGUUAGUAUAUUUAGAAGAAUUGGGGUUUAAAGUGCUAAUGCCUGCUCUCAAAGGAAAACGCAAUCAACUGACCACAGAUGAAUCAAAUGAAUCCCGUUUUGUUACCAAAAUCCGUUGGGUUGUUGAAGCAGUACAUGGAGAUAUUAAGCAGAAGUUUAGGAUUUUAGAUCAUAAACUAGACAAUAAAUUGCUUCCAAAAACUGGUGUUUUUUGUCGAAUCGCUUGUUUUCUGCACAAUGAAUUUGGUAAGAGACUUGAUUCUGAUCUCGAUCUUUCUGAAAAAAUUAUUGCCGCCAUGAACUCAAAAAAGUAUCAAGAUAAUACCUUAGCCUCAGAAGUAGAGACUAAUCGUUGGGCAAGAAGAAAAGUUCCUUUUGCAACAAUAACUUCAGAUAUGUUAACUGAUUUUCCUGAAUUAACGGAACAAGAACUCAAAAUUCUAUUCACGGGAUCAUAUCAAAUGUCUCAAGCUGUAUCGUAUUUAGCUGAAAUGAUGGAUGAAAACGGAACGAUAAUACUUUAUUAUUUAAAAAUUACACCUAAUAUUAUAAAAUUCAAAGUCAGAUCUCGACAUAUUAAUUCGAAGACAUAUCAUUGUUUUGUUGAAUAUCAAUCAGAUAAGAACGAUAUCUCUGGAAUAACUCGAUAUUGUUGUGAUUGUGCAAAUGGUAGACGUAGUGUUGGAUGUUGCUCACACAUUGCUGCUAUUAUAUACUAUUUAUCUCACGCCCGAUACUUAGCGAAAAUCGUAAAACCAGCUGAGAUACUUAGUCGUCUGUUUAUUGAUGAAAAAAUCAGUGUCGUCGUGAAUGAAGACAGUGAUGAAGACUAG